GCGCACCGCGCUUGCGAGGCCAUACCGUCGUAGUCGCAAGUGCUCGGAGGCUCGUGAGGAGAUAAUCGCUCUGCGAGAAGCGUUACGCGAGUGUUGCGCGAGUUUGCGUCAGAGCGAAGAGUUGAGUGAAAGCUAAGACGAGGGAGAGACCGGCGACACAAGUGAUUCGGGCUCAGCUGCAAAACCGGCCCACGAGGACGCUGAAAAUUCGUCCGACGGACGUGUCCGAGCCGAGCACGAGAAUUCCCACGUUCAGUGAGAUUUGCAGAAGAGGCGCAUUGAGGAUUGAACGGUCGAACGAGAAAGUGGAGACCGAUAUGACUCGCUGCCAGGAACCCCAGUCUCACCACGCGCAGGCCACGAUGACCGACAGCGGGAAAUCGUCGUGGUUCGAGGAGCCGCGCUGCUACGGGAACACCGUCACAUGCGGCAUGCUGCCGACCCUCCGAGAGCUGGCCUCCAGAGGGUGCAACAGCCGCGGCAGCGUCUGCCUUGUGCCCUUCGACGUGGAGAUGGACGCGGCCAGCCACCUUCAGAUGACACUGCUCGAGGCUUACUGCCGGGAGAUCGGCAUUGAAGUGCUGAGCGUGUCCAAGGAGACUAUAAUGCUCCACCUCUGCCCGGGUAGCACGGACCUGUCCUGCGUCCUCAUAAGCAGCAACGACUCAUAUUUUCCGAAAUUGCCCAAGUUGCCAAAGUGAACUUCGGAGACCCAUCCUUGAGAGCUGAAGCUAAACAGACCGGAUUUACGCGCGGUCUAUCACCAAGCCGAAGUGCAACUUGCCCGGAGCUCUCCGCGUCGGGGGAGAUCCUCCACGCGAAUGACGGGGGGGAAGUUUUAACCGAGUCAUUGCCGACGAUUUGUCCUGUGUGUCUCACCAGCGAGGCUGCCAGUAAUGGACAUUUUACGUUGAAACACGUUGUAUAGGCGAGAUCACUUCGAUCCGACUCGCCAAGCGAAUUUUAGCUGUCUUUGUACAACGCUUUCUGUACUCUUCUUCAAUUCCCUUUCUUUCUCUCCUUUUCGUCGACGAGUGUAUUAUUUAAUGCAGUAAGUGCGAACACGAGACAGCUAAGGAGAGUAGAUCUGUUAUUGUUAGAGCAAGGAUUGCGAUCGAACGAGUGGGGUUUCUUUCGGAAUCGCUCACUCUGUAGUCGCGGGAUAUGAAAUAUUCAUUAGCGUAUGUAACAUAUAUGUAUCUAUGAAUUGUAUACACGUUUGUCACGAGGCAAACUGAUCUUUGUUAUGUAUGCUUUAUAAACAUCGGCAACUGAUGUCAAAGAACAAUGUAAAUGUAUAAAACAUCAUUAUUGAUAUUUAUCAAUAAUAUAAUAUUGUAAUAUAUCAUAUGACGU